UCAACUUCAUAUUGGAUCUCUCUUUCGGUUCCUCCUUUGUGCAGCAUCAUAUUCAAACAUCUUGUGAUUCUCUCUUUCUAGAUCUACAAUUCUAUAUUUCAAUCUCAGCUCAAACCUUCACAUCUCUCAGCAAAGUGGUGAAUAUGUUAAGCCAGAUUUUGGAGCCAAUUUUGACAAAGGUAUGGGAGUCAAUUUUGUCAAAGUUGGUGGAACAAACGGCGGAUAAUGCACACAACAAUCUCAAAAGUAUAAAGGAGUUUGAGCUCAAUCUAAAAGCUCUGCAGAAAAAAUUGAAGUCAUUGUGUGCUAAGGCAUCUGAUGUUGAGGAGGAAAUCAAGAACUCAGAGCUUUCUGGUCGAAAGAAAAGGAAGCGUGAAGUUGAGGAGUGGUUGGAAGAAGUGAGGUCCAUUGAAAAUCAAGUUGUUGAGUUGGGGACUGAAGUGGAAUCCGAAGGAUUUAUUGUGAGAUUGAUGGAUGGAGAGUUGCCAGCUAAACUAAAUAAUGAGGUUGACUUGCUUGUUGAGCAAAGUCGGAAUUUUGGUGAACUUGCCCUUGAUGUUUGUGGAAGUAGGGGAGAUAAGUUGUUGACAAAUGGGAUGGUUGGUGAAGUUUUUAAUGAAAAUUUGGAAACGAUUUUGACACUUUUGGAGAGCGGGCAAGUGUCGAGCAUUGGUGUUUGUGGCAUGGGUGGUAUGGGAAAAACGACACUGGCAAAACACAUUCACAAUCGACUCCUCCAACACUUUCAGGGACGUGUGAUUUGGGUUACAGUCUCUCAAGAAUUUAGUGUUAUGAUUUUACAAGAUAAAAUUGCUCGCUUUAUAGGUUUGGACUUUUGGGGUGAGGAUAAUGAAGAAUUAAGGGCGGCAAGACUCCAUACAACUUUGUCUCAGAUGAAGAAUUCAGUGCUGAUAUUAGAUGAUGUGUGGGAAAAUAUUGAUCUUUUAAAGGUUGGAUGUCCCGUUUCUGUCGAGUGUUGCAGGCUGAUUAUAACCACUCGCUCCUUAGAAGUGUGUCGUCAAAUUUGUUGCCAAAAAGUGAUUCAAGUGAAAAAACUAUAUCAUCAUGAGGCAUGGGAAUUAUUCAAUGAAAUGCUAAGAAAUGUGAUAGAACUUGAUUCUUCAGCAGAAGAGAUUGCCAGAUCUGUGGCAGAAUUGUGUGGUGGUCUGCCCCUAGCAAUUGUUACAGUGGCUGCAAGCAUGAGGGGCAAAAGAGCCAUUCAUACAUGGAGAAAUGCAUAUGUAGAACUAAAAGAACGUGUUUCAGGGAAUGAUGGCAUGGGAGAGGGUGAGGUUUAUAAAGUAUUGAAAUAUAGUUUUGAUCGGUUGAAUAGGAAUCAUCAUAGUCAGAGUAAUGAGUUCAAUACAUUACAACAUUGUUUCUUGUAUUGCGCGUUAUAUCCUGAAGAUAAAGAAAUAAUGAGAGAGGAUUUGGUUAGACAGUUCAUUUCAGGAGGAUUGUUGGAUGAAAGAAAGACAAGGAGAGCGCAAGUUGAGCAAGGACGUUCCAUAUUGGAUAAAUUAGUGAAUGUGUGCCUAUUGGAAAGUUGUGUUGAUCUUGAUUAUGUGGAAUGCGUGAAGAUGCAUGAUCUUGUAAGAAGUAUGGCAUUGAAGAUAUGUGAGGGGAAAUAUAUGGUAAGAGCAGGUGAUGAGUCUUUAAAUGAAAUUCCGAAAGAAGCAGAAUGGGCAAAGGAUCUGGAGAAGGUGUCCUUAAUGAGCAGUGGCAUAAUGAGAAUUGAAGAAGGAAAGUCUCCCGAUUGUCCUAAGCUCUCAACAUUGCUUUUAUUGGGUAAUUAUAUGUUGGAUUUUAUCCCAGAUUCAUUCUUUUCUAAAAUGCAAGGACUAUGCACUCUUAAUUUGCGCACCACUUGCAUAACGGAGCUGCCAAACUCAAUCUGUGCCUUGAAGAGCCUCAAGUCAUUGCUCCUUGAGUGGUGUCAUAAGCUAGAAAAUGUGCCAUACUUGGGAGAGAUGACAGAACUCAGGGAGUUGAACCUCUCGCAUACAGCCAUCAAGGAAGUCCCUGAAGGAGUUAAGCAAUUAGUCAAUCUCAAAUUCCUUGCAAUGGAUGCGCCUGAAUUAGAGAUGCUUCCAGAAGGAUUGUUUCUUAAACUUGGGAAUCUUCAGUACUUAGAUUUACCAUUCCAUAUGGUCGUAGAAGUUGAAGAAAUUGCUAAUCUGGAACUGCUAGAGGAGUUUAGUGGAAGAGUGAAAAGUGUGAAUGAUUUUAAUUCUUUGAUUACAAGUUGGGGAAGUCAGGUGCAUGGCACUUGUUACGUAAUAUUAGUGGGAUCGUAUGAUGAAGAUACAUUUGAAAUAUUAGGAUCAGGUGAUUGUAAAGAGUUAUUCUUGUCCGAAUGCAACCUUAAAGAUGAGGUAGUAUUAGCAGAGGGAAUUAAGCAGCUAACAAUCAGUAAAUGUGAGGAUCUGAGCAUAUGCUUUGUGGAUGGAUUGGAGGGAUUGAAAAUUGAAUGUUGUAGAGGUAUAGAGUACAUUUUGAAGAAAUGUCAAAUGGCUACUCGCUGGGUUGGAUGAUAUGAAG